ACGAAUUCGGUUACUUUGUACUUUGAGCGGGAGAGAAAGUGGCUCGGCGUGUUGGUGGAAGCCAAUGAAGCCAAACAUCGGAUGAGCCUCGCCAAGAACAGGCAGUGCCACAUGUGGAACUUCAGAAUUGUGUUUGAUGACGAGGCGCGUCAUUUUUCUGAAGACAGCAUUAAAACGCAGCAAUUAUUCGAUAUGAUCAACCGGACUUCCAUAGACCUCCUCAGCCUCAACCUUCACGGUCAAGAGCUGGACCUGCUCAAGGCCAUCGAUUUCGUCAGGUAUCACAUCCGGGUCGUUACCAUAGAGCUGCAGAGUGACGUCAGCAGUGAGACAUACCAGGAGAUCAAGGAGACUCUGGAGUCACAGGGCUACGGCGUGGCACAUCAUGUUGUGAAUAGUUUCCAAGGGAAGAAAGAUGUGAUAUUUGAGAAAUUGUAG